CUUGCUGUGGUCCUUGUUGUAAUCUUUGCCGUGGUCUUUGCCGUGAUUCUUGCUGUGAUCUUUGCCGUAAUCUUUGCCAUAGUUCUUGCUGUGGUCCUUGCUGUGGUCCCUGCCAUGGUCCUGCUGUGGUCCUUAUUGUAGGUUUCUUUGCAGUAGAUUUAUUUGCAGUAGAUUUCUUUGCA